CCUCCUCUUUGCCGCACAACUACAAGAGUCUACGGCGGCACAUCGAAAGUGACCGUCAGUUCACUCUCACUAUCGUUGUCGUGCUUCCAAGUCGUUUGCACACCGCGGCAGGCACAGCUUGUUUAUACACACAUACAUGCACGCGUAGACACUGUAUUCAGCGCGGUUAAAUAACACACAGGGUUAACACAAUUUUUAUAAACAGGCAAUUCUAUCAACACAUUUAUUUUUUAUAAUUAUCCGUUUUUCGAGUCGGGUAGAAUUCGACUAGGCUCCAGAUGGGAGUGUUAAAGUCUGUCGUGCUUUUGUGCACCACAGUCCUCUACGCGUCAGGCUCAUUGACAUCAACGAACGGCCGUAGUAAAAGACAAAAUUUCCUGGAGGUAGUACAGCCAUGGAACGCCAGAAUAGGUACAGUCGGAGAUGUUCAGCCAUCAGGUACUAUGGUCACAGGUGCGCAGAGCGUAAGCCAACAAAACAUAGCUGAUGUUUGUCUGGCCGACAUACCCUGUAAUCCUCGGUCUCGAUACAGGAGUUUUGAUGGCAGUUGCAAUAACUUACAACAGCCUGGUUGGGGUUCCGUUAACACAGCACUGGUCCGUUUGCUUCCGGCAGCUUAUCAAGAUGGAGAGAGUAGGCCUCGACUUACUACAUUUGGCCGAGUACUUCCCAGUGCCAGACUGAUCCGUACGACAUUAUUCCCAGAAAGGAAUGUGCCAGAUAUACGAUUUACGCUGGCAGUAAUGCAGUGGGCGCAAGUGGUAGCUCAUGAUGUCACUCUACUCACGGAGAAAUCUGCUCCCGAUUGUUGCGCAAGUAAUGGGAAAUUAUUACCAAUCGAAACACUUCAUCCAAAUUGUUUCCCAAUUCCUGUACCAGCAAAUGAUCACUUUUACUCAAGAUUUGGUACAGCUUGUCUACCAGCUAAAAGAACUGUAUCAUCCGACGAUUUUGGAUGUAAGCUCACGCCACAACAAAAGGUAAUUGCUACUACGCAUUUCUUGGACGGUUCAUUAGUAUACGGUGCAACUAGCAACACAGCUGGUAACUUGAGAUCGUUCAGAGGUGGUAGGUUGAGGGCACAACUCACAAGGGAUGGCCGCAUGUUCUUGCCUAAUGUCAACACACCUACUCAAUCUUGUAAUGUUGCUAGCAAUGUCGAAGUUUGCUAUAGAUCAGGGGACGGACGAGUAAAUCAGCAUCCAGAUAUGGCUGUAUCACAAGUGGCAUUAUUACGAUUACAUAACUUCUUAGCUAAUGAGUUCACACUUCUCAAUCCACAAUGGUCUGAUGAAAUUUUGUAUCAGGAAGCCCGAAAAUUCGUUAUUGCUGUCAUUCAACACAUUACUUACAACGAAUUUUUACCUAUUCUUUUGGGAGAAAAUUAUGUUCGCGAAAAUGGUUUGUCAACACUCAAGCAAGGUUAUAGUAAUUUUUAUAAUUCUAACAUAAAUCCUUCAACAUUAGCCAGUUUUGCUGGUGGAGCAUUUAGAUCUUUACAUAGUCUUGUACCUUCUGUAUUUAAUUUGGUAAAUGAAGACAGAGAAAAUGGAGGAGCUCCAACACGUUUUAGCGAAUGGAUGAAUAAACCUGGUAUUAUACAAAGACCAGGAAAUUAUGACAUGUUUUUGAGAGGAAUUGCCACACAGCCCCAACAAGCUCAAGACAUAUUUGUCAGUGAAGAGAUCACAGAUCUAUUGUUCAGAGCAAAUGGUCCUCUAGGUCAAGAUUUGGUGGCUAAAGAUAUUCAAAGAGGCAGAGAUAUGGGUUUACCUUCAUACAAUAAUUUUAGAGCUUUAUGUGGAUUGUCAAAAGCUACAUCAUUUGAUGAUUUAAGGGACGUCAUGGAUGAAGAGCGAAUUGAACGAUUAGCCAGGUUAUAUCCAACAGUAGACGAUAUAGAUUAUUAUGUAGGUGGUAUGCUUGAAAGGAUAAUGCCAGGAACUUUGACUACUCCAUCAUUCAGGUGUAUUUUAGGAGAAGGAUUCUUCCGUUAUAAAGCCGGAGACAGAUUUUUCUAUGAAUAUGAUAUUUCACCGGGAGCUUUUACACCAGAUCAACUAUCAACAAUUAGAAAAUUUUCUUUGUCAUCUUUAAUUUGUUUAACGGGAGAUAACAUUCAAACAAUGCAAAGGAACGCGUUCUUACAAAUAAAUCCAGGAAAUUCAUUAAUUCCAUGCAGACAAAUAUUAUCAGAAUUAGAUUUGACGCCUUGGAGAUUUCAAAGCUAAAACAAAAUUCUUGUAAUGACAUCAUAGUUAUUACGCUUGUGAUAUAAUGUAUAUUAUUAAUGUUAUGCGAAAUUUAGUUAUAAGAUACCUACUUUUUAAUAAUUUUUCACACUUGUUACUUGUACUAAAAUUAAUUUAUUAAUAGUAAUAUUAUUUUUUAAAAACAAAUCGGUGGAUUUAAACUAGGUUUUUGUGCCACUGCAGUAGAAUGUAAAUGAGAAUCAUCAAAAUAGUGAUAAUUUGAUUUAAUUAAAUCUGUGUAUAUUACGCACAGUAUAAUAUUAUUAUUGUACAUUGUUCUCAUUUCUAUAAAUAUUAUAUUUUUCGUGCCCAAAUCUUUAAACGUGCCAUAGUGAUCUAACAACAGAUUAUCACGUUAGUAUUUUGAACAAUACAGAUUUUUUUUACUUUUUGGUUUAAUGUACAUUAUCAACUUUUAUUGACCAUUAUAAAAUUAUAUAAUAAAUUAUAAAUAUUUUUGUUUAUAUUCCUAAAAUAUAAAGAUAAAAUAUUAGUAAUAAUUAAUUUAUGUAGAAAAAUAUUAUUAUUUUAAGAAUAUUUUAUAAUUUUAUGAUU